AUGCCUACAUUAUCGUUGAUCAACUUCAACAUCGUCUGUGCGACGUUGGGGGGAUUCAUCUCCCUCUAUGGCUUAGUCUCCUAUCUAUUCAAGGAGAGACUGUACCUAUCCGAAGCCUUAAUCUCUUUGCUUGCCGGGGUCGUCUUUUCCCCACAUGCGGCCAACUUCAUCCGACCCGAGGAAUAUGCCCUGGGGUCGGAGAAGAACUUAGAGGAGAUCACUAUGUAUUUCACCCGGCUUGUCCUGGGCGUCCAACUCGUCCUGGCUGGAGUGCAGCUCCCCAAACGGUACCUGCAGCUGGAAUGGAAAAGUCUCUCUCUCCUGUUGGGACCAGGCAUGGCAGCCAUGUGGAUGUGUAGCAGUCUGGUGAUCUGGGCUAUGGUUCCGGAUUUUCCGUUCUUGCAUGCGAUGAUUGUGGGCGCCUGUAUCACUCCGACAGAUCCGGUGCUUUCCAACUCGAUCGUCAAAGGGAAAUUCGCCGAUAAGCAUGUGCCCCGUCCGCUGCAGCGCAUCAUUGUCGCUGAAUCCGGGGCCAAUGACGGCCUGGGUUAUCCCUUCCUAUAUUUUGGCUUGUAUCUGCUGAAGUAUGUGGAGAUGGGGGGUGAGGCGUACGGUGGCGGUGCAGGGAAAGCCAUUGGGCUUUGGUUCUAUGAGACCUGGGCGUAUACCGUGCUUCUCAGUGUCGUCUACGGUAUUACCGUCGGCUGGAUCUCCCGCGAACUGCUUCACUGGGCAGAGGAGCAUCAUUACGUGGACCGAGAGAGUUUUCUGGUGUUCGCUAUUGCUUUGGCGCUGUUUAUUGUGGGUACUUGCGGCUUGAUUGGCACUGAUGAUUUGCUUGCUUGUUUUGUGGCUGGCAAUGUCUUCACACAAGAUGACUGGUUUCGACUGGAAACCAUGGACGACUCGUUGCAGCCGACAAUCGAUAUGCUUCUCAACUUGGCGGUGUUCAUGUGGUUCGGCGCUGUUUGUCCUUGGUCCUCGUUCCUUCACAACAACGUGAUUCCCAUCUAUCGCUUGAUCUUCCUGGGAAUCCUGAUCCUACUUGUCCGACGUAUGCCGAUCGUGUUUGCUAUGCACAAGUACAUCCACCAGAUUGAGCAUCUUUUCCAAGCGGGAUUUGUGGGGUUCUUUGGACCCAUCGGCGUGGGAGCAAUCUUUUACCUGUCGGUGUGUCGGGAGUUUCUGCAGGGUGUCACGGCCAAUGGCACCGUGCGAGAAGACGCGCAGAAGCUUUCCGAGGCAGUUGAUGUCAUUGUGUGGUUCCUGGUCAUCUGCAGCAUUAUUGUGCACGGCCUUUCCAUCCCGUUGGCCAAAGCGGGCUAUCACCUGCCGCGGACUAUCUCACAAGCUCUCAGCACCAGCGCGACCCAAGAACAAAGCCCCAUUCCCAUUGGAAACAUCAGUUUUACCCAUAGUACUGCGACACGCAACUCGGAGCUGUCGCACAAUCGGGGCCGGAAACGCGGUGCUGGUGCCACGCCCAGGGAUCCACCGCAGCAGGCGGUUUUCCAGAUUGGUCACCCAGUGGUCCCAGCUGCCUCUUCACGCGAGCAAAUCGGAGUUGGUGGUGCGGACGAACCCGCCCGGCCAGUGACUUUGGUCACUCAAGAUCAUGAGGCUAGAAAUGCGAGCUAA